CCAAAUAACAUUUCCAUUACACAAAACACAAACCCCCCAAAGUUGAGCAGAAGCAAAACCAAAAGGCUGAAGAAGAAAUCAGAGCUCAUCUUCACCUUCCAAACCCUGAAAAUGAAUUCCAAAACCCAAAUUCUGGAACACCCAGAUACCAAAACCCCUUCAGAAGAUCAAAACCAGCUUGCCAUUGUCCCUGCCAAUCCUCUUGCCACUGCCUCAAUCUCUCUUUCUCUCUCUACAAUUCUUCCCACCCAUUUCAUCCUCCCUCCCAAAAUCUCUUCCUUUCUUGCCCCUCACCCCAACAAGGUCAAGAUCCCCUCACAAAUAUCAUCUCUCUCUCACCUCUCUCUCUCCUCCUCUCUCUCUCCUCCCAAACCAUUCUUCAAAUCAACCGUCUCCGCAAACCCUCUCCAGAGCCCACUGAGCUUGAACCCUCGCCGCCCCUCUGACCCUUCCAAUGCCGCCGGAAUUCGUCGAGCUUCCAUCGUUUGGUUCCGAAACGAUCUCCGAGUCCACGACAACGAGUGCCUCAAUUCGGCCAACAACGAGUCCAUGUCCGUCCUCCCCGUCUUCUGCUUCGACCCGAAGGAGUUCGGGAAAUCGUCGUCUGGGUUAGACAAGACAGGUCCUCACCGUGCCACAUUCGUGAUUGAAUCGGUCUCGGACCUCAGGAAGAACCUCCAGGCAAGAGGGUCUGAUCUGGUGGUGAGAAUUGGGAAGCCCGAGACGGUGUUGGUUGAAUUGGCGAAGGCAAUUGGGGCUGACGCUGUGUAUGCUCACGGAGAGGUUGCGCACGGCGAGGUUAAGGCGGAGGAGAAGAUGGAAGCGGCGAUGAAGGAUGAGGGUGUGGAGGUGAAGAAGUUCUGGGGAAGUACUCUGUACCACGUUGAUGAUUUGCCCUUUAAGAUGGAGGAAAUGCCCUCCAAUUAUAGUGGGUUUAAGGAGAAAGUGCAGGGUUUGGAGAUUAGGAAGACCAUUGCUGCUUUGGAUCAACUCAAGGGGCUGCCAUCUAGAGGAGAUGUUGAGCCGGGGGAGAUUCCAUCUUUGGUGGAUUUGGGUCUUAACCCAAGUGCAGCAAUGGGUCAGGUUGGAGCUUCUAAUGCUCCGCUUAGGGGAGGAGAAACUGAAGCAUUGCAGAGACUCACAAAAUUUGCAGCUGAAUGCCAAGCACAACCACACAAGGGGACCAAGAAUGGAAACAAUGAUAGCAUAUAUGGUGCAAACUUUUCUUGCAAAAUCGCUCCAUGGCUUACUUCGGGAUGCAUCUCUCCCCGUUCUAUGUUUGAUGAGCUGAAGAAAUCUGCUACCAGCAUGAUCUCUGCUGCCUCAAACCAGAAAGAUGGUGGCAGCGGUGGAUCGAACUGGUUGAUGUAUGAGUUGUUAUGGAGAGAUUUCUUCAGAUUUGUCACCAUGAAAUGCAGCUCUGCUAAACAACUCAAUGCUGCUCCAGUCACUGCUUGAGCGGGUGCUGUUGCUUAAGCGAUAAAAAAUUUAGAGGUGAAGAGGAAAAUCUGUUCUAGAAAAGGGUUUCUUUUGUUACUUUAUGAUAUUCCAACAUGUAGCUGUUAGGUAUUGAAGUAGGGUUUGGAAAUGAACUCUUCCCUGAUGGACUGCUGUUCUCACCGCCAAAAAUAAGUGCUGAACAUGGAAGCUUUGUCAUGUUUAUGUGUUAUUUUAUGAAUUACAGAUCCUUUUGGUUCUGCUCUUCUUGUUUUCUUGUAGCUUUACUUUUGUUGGGAAUGGAUGUUUUAUAAAAGAUUGAUAUUUUCUAUCAA